AUGCUCCACCACGUCCCGCCAAUGAUCAACCCUCUCUGCCGACGAGAGGUGGUGAAAGAGAAGCCCGCGACCAAUAUGCUCCGACUGUUCGAGGGAAGUCCACGCUUUGAAUCUGUGACAGAUCUGGCGGAGGCGGUGAAGAAGUCGAGCCGCGGCCGGGCACUCAGCGAGUCCUCCAAUUCCCGCCCAUUCCUCAUAAAAUCCGGCGACUAUGAAAUCCUUGACGGCCAAACGCGCCGCAGCUCCGAGAAAUCCCCGCCUACCCUGCAGCGCCACUCACAUGCCGGAAAAAGAGCCUGUGUUCACAAAAUCGACGAGCUCUAUCCAAAGCCCAAGAGUAAAUCCGCUAGCCUCUCUUUCAUGGUGUAA